AAUUUUGUUAAACUUAUGGUGGAUGCCCUGAAUUUAUGUAGCUCAUCUAUUACUUAUGUCAAUGUCAGUUGUCAGUAUCAGUAUGACUCAGAUUCAGGUUCGUUAACCAUAAUGGAGUAUCUGUCAAAUUAUAUAUUUUUUCUAUUAAUUUGGAUUUUUACGGCCUUUUCACCGACUGCUGCACAUUACUGUGUAUGGGGUCUGUGUGAAUCAUGGGAAGUUUGUUGCGAUGAAAAUGUAUGUUGCAGUCACAAAGAAAAUUACAAUAUAUGGAUCACUGUGAUGAUCAUAGCUGGAAUUGUAAUUGGAAUGGUACUGGCUGGUACAUGUCUCUCUUACAAUCUUCGUCGUAUUUAUCUGUACCUGCAACAAAGAUAUUAUGGUAUUAAUUCUGUGUCAGUGCCAUCAGAAUUCGAGUCUGAUGGAAAAUCAAUAAAGAUUUCAUUUCAAGAGUAAAA